UGAAGCUGCAGAAUGAGAUAUUGAAUCGGGAUCGUUGUUUCGAAGUGUUUUCUCUUUGUCGGGGUCACCCAUUCCAGAGUGCAAGAGAGAAGGAUGAGCAGGUCCCGUUUACAUGCCAUCCUGUCCACAUUCGUCUCGGUGCACCCUCACGAGACCUCUGCUCUGCUCCAUUCCUCCUCAUGCUUCUUCUUUAUUUUGAGCGCUUAUUUUGUGGUGCUGCCUUUGCGGGAUGAUGGUGCAAUCUCUCUCGGAUUAUCAAACCUUCCUGGCCUGUUUGUGGGUUCGCUAGUCCUCACCUUGAUUGCCGCUCCUCUUUCUACUCUCAUUUUCUCUUUGCCGAAUUUCUCCAAGGCCAAAGCUUUGGUUCUGGUACACAGGUUUUUUAGUUUGUCUCUUGUGAUAUUCUUCGUCCUGUGGCACUUUUCCUCUCCAGGAUAUACAUCAGUCAAUCCAAAGGGUAUCAUUGCCAUAUCUUCUGAGUUAAAGGAGGAUCUAAAAGUCGAUGCGAAUCAAACCAUUCCUGCUCCUUCCGGAGGUUGGGGAAACUAUGAUUUGUUUUACAUUUCAGUGAGAACUGGAUUGUUCCUUUGGCUUGCUUUGCUUAAUCUUAUCACUAUUUCUUCAACCUGGGCUAGGAUAAUUGACGUGAUGGAUAGUGAGUCAGGUUCAAGACUAUUUGGGUUCAUUGGUGCUGGUGCCACAUUUGGCCAGCUUUUUGGAUCUUUGUUUACUGCAGGAUUGGCUUGGCUCGGACCAUUCUUACUUUUAUUUGCGGCUCUGUUAAUGGAGCUUGCGGCACAGUCAUCAAAAGGGAUCAGUAAGGAUAUAUCCCUUGUCCCUGAAGAAUUAUCUCCCAUCAGAGAAGAUAUACCUGAUCAACAAAGUGACGCUAAUGGGCAGACAGCACCUUCUUUAAAAGCUUUAUCCCCUCGAUCAACUGCACAUAUGCCAAAGCCUCAUGUCUGGGCUAUCUUAGAUGGAUUCCAGCUCAUAUUUGCCUCAAAGUACUUAUUGUCUGUGUCCUUAUUCUUGUGGUUGGGUGCAGUUGUCUCCUCGUUCUUCUAUUUUCAGAAAGUCACUGUAAUAGCCAUGACAGUUACAAGCUCUCUUGGCAGAAGAAGAUUGUUUGCCCAGAUAAAUAGCUGGAUUGCUAUUUUUAUCCUUACUGGACAACUUACAUUAACAGGGCGAAUUCUUACCAUUGCUGGGAUUACUACAGCUCUAUGUUCUGCUCCAGUUGUUGCUUUUUCAAACUUGGUUGCUGUUGCUGUUUGGCCAACCUGGGUUGCAGUUGCCAUUUCUGAGACUUUAAGAAAGGUAACUACUUACGUUGUAACUAGGCCUGGAAGAGAACUGCUAUUUACAGUUGUCUCACAGGAUGAGAAAUACAAAGCUAAGCUAUGCAUAGAUGUGAUCGUUCAACGACUUGGUGAUGCUACAGCGGCAGGAAUGUACAAAUUUCUUUCCAGCACUCUUCAUGGGGAAACUUCAACAGUCUCUCUCUAUGCUCUGCCUGCAUGCCUAUUGUGGAUAGUCACCGCAUUUCAUUUGGGACAACGGCAACAACACUUUGCAAAGUUUCAAGCUGUUUCCACCUCUUGAAAGUUUUGGUUUUGCUGCAAGUCACAAUAGAAAUGAAAUGUGGAGUAAUGGAGAGCUAUUUUUUGAGCAAAUUCAGUUGUAUUGAUUGUGUACAGACUUGUAGUUAUAAAUACUCAAGGAUAAAAUAUUCUGACGCUGAAAAGGCAUAUAUUUAAGUAGAGUUUUUCA